AUGCAGACGAAGGCGUCGUCGCCGCCUCGCCCCGCCGGUGUUGGCUCUGACGAGCGGCUCCCGAUGCUCCCAAAGGUGCUCGUGCCGCUCAAGGCCAAUCUGCAAGAUACUCCAAUGCAAAAGAGCUUUGCGGAGAGUCUUCUCGAAAGCGCCAACAAGUGGUUUCCAAAGAAGCCAACGACAAGCAACGAUAUACCAACACCAGAGCCGAGCCACACGAUGAUGCCCAGGAUGGUCGACCUACGAAAGCAGUGCAGCGCGCCCCAGGUCCUCGUUGGCCUGAAUCCAAGCGAGCUCCCCAUGCUGGAUACGACCCAUGACCUGUGUCCCCGCUGCCACGGCUUCCUAAAGCACGAGGUGAUUCCCUCUCUGCCACACGACUGGACCGAGUGCAAGCUCAAUUCGGGGCGCAUUGGUUUUUUCAACCCCACGACCAACGAGACGCUAGCGAUUCCGCCACCAGGGAUGCCACCGACCAGCUGCGUGGUAUUCCAGUACCACGGAACGACGUCGCAUGUCUGCCGCUGCCGCCAGCGCCGCAGCUCAUUGAUCUCGCCUUCACGCAGCCGCAAGUCUCGGCGUUACUCGACCAGCGCACUGAUUGUGUCCGUCGCAGCCGACCACUCGAAUCUGCUUCCAAUCGAAAACACAUCCACCACACCAAACGAUGCCCCUCCGAUGGUGCGACAGUCAUCGAAUUUGAAAUAA